CCCACAGUUCAUUCCUCGAAUUUGCCUGCACGUCCAACAUGAGCACGACCCCCAAGGAAACGACCCCCGUGAGCCCUACCAACAAUUACGUGGCCACGGUCGACAAGGCCGCGGACGACCAAGUCCCGGCCGCUGUCCAAAUCGACGUCGCGUCCGUCCCGCUCGGCGCCAACGUCGACGCGAAUGGCCUCGUCCUGGGCAAGUGGAAGACCGACAUCUUUGGGUGCUUCAACGACCUCGUGCCGAACUGCCUCCUCGCGACGUUUUGCCCGUGCGUGUCGCUGGCCCAGACGCUGCAUCGCAUCGGCAUGUACUCGUUCAACACGGUGCUCAUGGUGUUUGGCGCCAUGUACCUGCUCUACUUGAUCUUUUACAUCAUCCAAAUGUCGGCGACGUCGACCGUGUCGCUCAACAGCUUCGGGUACCCCGUCGUGUCUGCGGCGGCCACGUUCUGGUGGUACAUUGCGUUGGCCGUGCAGGUGGCGGCGUUCGUGAUGUUUAUGUUGAUUCGCAUCCGCGUCCGCAAGGCGUUCCAGAUCCCCGGGUCGGAGCUCGAAGACUGCGCGUGCUCGUUCUUUUGCUCGUGCUGCGUGCUGGCUCAGAUGGCGUCGCACACGGAAUCGUACACGCCCAACCAGUGCUCGUUCUCCCCCAAGGACACUCUGCCUGGCUACGAGUUCUAA